UGCGGGCAUGCCGAGGGCGCCGGGCAGGCGAAAGGGCCUGUUGUUUCGGCUGAGGAAGAUCCUUCUUUUCGUUUUGGGAUUGUACAUUGCCAUUCCGUUUCUCAUCAAACUAUGUCCUGGGAUACAGGCCAAAUUGAUUUUCUUAAAUUUUGUGCGGGUUCCCUAUUUCAUCGACUUGAGAAAGCCACAGGAUCAGGGUCUGAAUCACACCUGUAAUUACUACCUCCAGCCAGAAGAUGACGUGACCAUCGGUGUGUGGCACACGGUCCCUGCAGUCUGGUGGAAGAAUGCCCAAGGGAAGAGCCAGAUGUGGUAUGAGGAUGCCUUGGCUUCCAGCCACCCCAUCAUCCUGUACUUACACGGAAACGCGGGGACCAGAGGAGGCGACCACCGGGUAGAGCUUUACAAGGUGCUGAGCUCCUUGGGCUACCAUGUGGUCACCUUUGACUAUAGAGGUUGGGGUGAUUCGAUAGGAACGCCAUCAGAGAGGGGCAUGACCUAUGAUGCUCUGCACGUGUUUGACUGGAUCAAGGCCAGAAGCGGUGACAACCCUGUGUACAUCUGGGGUCAUUCUUUAGGCACCGGAGUAGCAACGAAUCUGGUGCGGCGCCUGUGUGAGCGAGAGACCCCUCCCGAUGCCCUUAUAUUGGAAUCUCCAUUCACCAAUAUCCGCGAGGAAGCCAAGAGUCAUCCGUUCUCAGUGAUAUAUCGCUACUUUCCUGGGUUUGACUGGUUCUUCCUUGAUCCGAUUACAAGCAAUGGGAUUAAAUUUGCAAAUGAUGAAAACAUGAAGCACAUCUCCUGCUCCUUGCUCAUCCUGCAUGCCGAGGACGACCCUGUGGUGCCCUUCCAGCUGGGCAGAAAGCUCUACAACAUUGCUGCACCCUCUAGAAGCUUCCGAGACUUCAAGGUUCAGUUCAUUCCUUUUCACUCAGACCUCGGCUACAGGCACAAGUACAUCUACAAGAGCCCUGAGCUCCCCCGGAUACUGAGAGAAUUCCUGGGGAAGUCCGAAUCCGAGCGCCAGCACUGAGCUCGCUACCUGCAGGAGCAUGAAGACUCGCCCUCCCUGCUCUCUGGCCAGCCCUGCACUCUUGAGCCUGGGUGCCCAUUGACUGUUGCCCUCUGGAGAGAGGGCUGUUCCCAGCCCGGGCACCUGGGGGUGGCACGAGAAGUGAUUCUGCUGGCCAGCGUGGGGCCUGCGGCCCUCUCUCCCUCUGGCUGCUGCUGGAUCCGAGUUCUUUUUCUGGAGCAGGAGCAGAGCAUGCCUGGCCUGACAAAGUCGACCCCAACCCAGGCAGGAGGUGUGGGUUCUCAGGACCACGCCAAGCCUUCUUGGCACAACCGGGGGCAUGGUGAGACUCGGCUCUCUCGGGUCUCUUUCCGGCACCUGUGGACUGGGCUCUGGUCGGUCGGUGGUCCUGCUUCCCCUCCUCUGCCCCCUUGCUUCCCUGUGCAAACCCACUUGCUCCACGGGGCGGUGCUGUGGCUUGUGCUUCUCCCACAGCGCACCCAACCGUCUGCAUAACCUGCCUUAGACUGAACAUUUAUUUAAAAAUAAAUUUGUGGUGGUGGUCGGCCUGUGGUUUUCUCAGUCCCA